AUGUCGGUAUACAGCCUUCGUUUACGACGCAAAAAGCGAAAGGAAGAUUCUAGUAAAAUCCAUCCCCCGUCCCAUCGACAUGCAGCGCCAUCGGCUCCCUGGCCAUGGGUAGAUAUUCAGGACGACGUAGACCCCACACAACUGGAAUCACCGCUACCCCCUGUGCCACCGCCAUGUAACCACAAGACAUGCGAAGGUUGCUGGGAUCUCUAUCCACAGUCGUUAUAUCCAAACUGGACACCGUCACAAGUCAGGAAGAGCCAAAUUAACAAGGCCAUCACUGACUACCGAAAUGAUGUCCCCUGUAUUAUCCACCUGGUUGACGUCGACCACAAUGGUCUAUUCAAAGUUCCAGAGCCUGGAAAGAUAAUAUCCGAUGAAGAUCGGUUGAGUAAAACUUGGGAGGCGCUGAUAACAUCGAAUAUUCCAGACGAUAAUCGAGUAAGAUGUCUAUUUAUCGAAAACCUUUCAGGUCCUGUUCUCCAAAUGCUAGGCACCAGAUACAACAUCGAGCCAUUCUUUUUUUCGUCUUCAUUGAAUUGGAUACCUUCACGAUAUCAGGAAGAAGUUCGACCAGGAGAAGGAGAUCAUAUCACAAUAACUUUGACAUUCGUCCGGUCAAUAGCCAAUGACGAAAAUGCCAAUUUCCGUAUUUCUUCUCAGCAUGCAAUGGAAUCAUCUCCUACCCUAACUGAUCAAGAAGGAAGAUCGAGCAGAAAACCAGGUAUACAGCUUGCUCAUCAAAUGAUCGACACCCAUGCGCCAUUAGCGCUCGAGUCUAACGGGCGCCUCCUCCUCCUUGAUUUACUCUCCGUCCAUCUCAUCCGACGGAAACAAGGCAGUACAAUUAUCUCAUACCAUGCCAACAAGGAUCUACCGACCACCACGGCGCCAGUUCUCCAUGAACGUAUUCGUUUUGCAGGCAUGUAUACGUAUCUUUUCCACCUUCUAGCUACUAACGAUCCGACGUUCGUGCUGCUUACAUUCAUUUGGCACGCAAUCUAUGCUUGGGACGAAGCACUGGAAAACUUGUAUUCGCAUAUCUGCACACUUGAGAGCCAAGUUAUCGUGACAUCUGAGAUGACGCUUACCCAGGAGCUACAUGUUAUCCGGGCGCACCUUCUACAUUAUUCAUCACUCCUUGACGAUUUUCGCAAGUCAGUCAUCUUCAUACGAGAUACAGAAAACCCUGCCUUGGAGUCAUUAUCCGAAGCUGAGCGGCAAGAGAAUGCCAGCAUCAUGAACAGAGAAUGCUCAAAUCUGCUCACUGAGAUCGAGCGUUUGGAAAAGGAUAGGCGCAUGCAAGACCGAAGGCUGAAAAACGUUAUGGGUCUCGUAUUCAGCAGUGUGAAUAUUAUUGACAGUAAGCGAAUGCAAAAGAUGACAGAAGCGGCAGUGCGGGACAGUGCAGCUAUGAAACAAAUAGCGUACUUGACUAUGGUCUUUCUCCCGGCUUCCUUCGUGGCGACGGUUUUCGGUAUGAACAUCGCGGAGAUUGCUCCCGGAACUAACGGGACACUUGCGCACUAG